UUCGAACUUAAUUCGAUGCAAAAGAGAGAAGGGUUCGUGCGCGCUUUUCCGGAGCGGAAGCUCUACCUUCAGACGACCCAUACGCCGGAGUUUCUGGGCCUCCGAACUGAGAGUAAUGGACUUUGGAACGCCUCGGCGUUCGGCCGUGGCGUUAUCGUCGGCCUACUCGACACCGGCAUCGCUGCCGGCCACCCUUCCUUCUCCGACGCCGGCAUGCCGCUGCCCCCAGCCAGGUGGAAGGGCUCGUGCGCCCUUGAGGCCGGCUGCAACAACAAGCUCAUCGGCGCGCGCGCAUUCGUGCCGGGCGAUGAGUCCCCUCUCGACGACAACGGGCACGGGACCCACACGGCGAGCACGGCCGCCGGCAACUUCGUGCCCGGCGCGCAGGCGUAUGGGCAGGCCGGAGGCACGGCUGCUGGGAUGGCGCCGCGCGCGCACCUGGCCGUGUACAAGGUGUGCAGCGCCUCAGGCUGCACGGACUCGGACGUGCUCGCCGGCCUGGACGCCGCCGUGAAGGAUGGGGUCGACGUAAUCUCCAUCUCUUUGGGCGGCGGAUCCGUUCCUUUUGACGAGGAUGCGAUCGCCAUCGGCGCGUUCGCCGCUUUCGAGAAGGGCAUAGUCGUCAGCUGCGCAGCAGGUAACGCCGGUCCCUUCAAUACCUCGCUCUCUAACGAGGCGCCGUGGUACAUAACAGUGGGUGCGACCUCGGUCGACCGGAGCUUUAGAUCGUACGUACAGCUUAACAACGGGAAGGUCUACGAAGGCGAAUCUCUAAAUCAGUUAACCAAAAUUCCCUCGAACCCGGUCGAACUUGCGUACAAUUCCAACUGCAGCGAUUGCACCUUCUUCAAAAACUUCGACAUCCAGGGCAAAAUAGUUGUAUGCAAGCCCUUCUUUCCACCGGAAAAGAUCGCCACAGCCGUUCUGAAAGCCGGAGGCAUCGGUGUCAUCAUCAUCAAUGUGGAGGAAGAGGGCUACACUAUCAUCGCGAGCGACUUCCACCUGCUGGCGUCGCAGUUGUCUCCUGCCGACGGGGACGCUGUCAUAGCCUACGCGUCGGACGCCAGAAACAACCCGAAAGCGUUGAUCACUUUCAACGGCACCGUCCUCGGAACUUCCCCGGCUCCCGUCGUUGCCUUCUUCUCUUCUCGGGGGCCGAACUUCCAGACCCCGUCGAUUCUAAAGCCCGACGUGUCGGCUCCGGGGCUUAACAUACUAGCCGCGUGGCCGACCCGAGUAGAUGGAGGAAACGACGGUGCGAAUACUUUCAAUAUAAUCUCUGGCACUUCGAUGGCGACGCCGCACAUCAGCGGCAUCACCGCGCUGAUAAAGAGCGUGCAUCCUGACUGGUCGGCAGCAGCCGUCAAGUCGGCAAUCAUCACCACAGCCGAUGAGAACGGUCGCGACGGCAAGCCCAUCUUAGACGAGCUUCACCAGAAGGCGAGCUUCUUCGCGGUGGGAGCCGGGCACGUGAACCCCUCGAAAGCGGCCGACCCCGGUCUGAUCUACGACAUCGGUGCCAACGACUACGUCGGUUUCAUAUGCAGCAUUUACGGCGACGCGGGCGCUCGCGUUAUCGUCCGCAGCCACAACGUGUCGUGUUCGAAGGUGACCCAAAAGUCGGCGACGGAGCUCAACCUACCGUCGAUAGCGGCCUCCCCGGCUUGGCUGGAAACGGUGACGAUCACCCGCGCGGUGACGAACGUCGGUGAGCCGCAGUCGACUUACACCGCUCAUGUAGAUAUUCCGGAGGCGGUGAAGAUCGAAGUCGCGCCGCCGACUUUGAGUUUCGCGGCGGUCGGCGAGAGGAAGACGUUCCAGGUGAGGGUGAGAUGGAGCCUCUUUCCGGCGAAAGGCGUGGUUGAAGGGAAUUUGAGGUGGGUUUCUAAUGAGCACGUUGUGAGGAGCCCCAUAGUGGUAGGAAAUUUUAAAGCUAGAAACUAG